CUCAGAGAGUGAGUCCGACCUCGACGUGAUGGAGGCUCGUGGGCCAGGGCAAGCGACGCCGUUUGUGCGCGAGCAGGCGCCGACGGCACCCGGCAACGGGAUUCCGGGGGACGGAGGCAGCGAUCCCCCGUCGCCCCCUUCGGGAAAGGGCGACAUCGGCGGAGGCAGUGACAGCCCCACCGACGACAGCAGCAGCAGCAGCAGCAGCAGCAGCAGCAGCAACAGCAGCAGCCCGAGCAGCAGCAGCAGUGACGCUGGCGGUGCCGGCGGCCUGGGCGGCGAAGAGUCCGGCGACCCAGGUAGGGACGGCGGUAGCGAUGGUGAUCCCGGCGACUCCGAGAACCUCGAGGAGUUGAAGUAUGAUCCAGCCGACGACCGCUACCCCCGCGCGCUAGAAGGGAAGAAACUCCUCUGGGGCGCCUCGAACGCUGGCCCGCUGCGCCAUGGGCUUGAGAGUAGCCGCACGCUGGAAGCACUACCGAUGACGUACAAGGAUGUGAUGUGUUCCAAGUACAAGGUUUUCUGGGAGGCGGCCAUGAAGAAAGAGAUAGAUGGCCACGACAAGACUGGAACCUUUACCAAGGUCAAGGAGCUGCCCGAGGGGCGGAAGGCCAUAGGUUCAAAGUGGGUGUUCUCUUGGAAAACGAAUGAGAAGGGCCUCAUAGUCGACGUCAAGGCCCGUAUCGUUGCGCGGGGUUUCUCUCAAAUCCCCGGCACCGACUUCCACCACUCAUCCUCAGCGUGCCCGUCUGCUGCGUCUAUCAAGACGGUGAUUGCCGUAGCCACUGAAAAGGGCAAGAAACUCGCUCACUGGGAUGUGAAGCAAGCGUACAUCCACGCUAAGCUAAAAAAAGAAAUAUACCUCAGGUUCCCGGAAGACUAUGGUAACAUGCCCGGCAAGGUGGUCAAGGUUAAGCGUGCCCUGGUUGACCCGUGUGUCUUCCGGAAGGUGGUGGAUGGAGAGGUCGUAGGUCUCAUCGUGAUCUACGUUGAUGACAUCUUAGUGGCGGCAGACGAGGGAGAGCGAGAGGAGUUGUUCGCUUCCCUCAACAAGAAGUUUCCGGUGAAAGAUCUGGGGGAGUGUACCUGGUACGACGGGUGUGCUAUCGCCAUGGAUGUAGAAAAUGGCAUCACCAAGCUGUCCCAGACAGCAUACAUUGAGAGUAUGCUGAAGCGGUUUGAUGUGACCACGACCGCUUUCACCCCUGCUGCCACCGAUGCCGACCUAGGGCCGAAGAGAGAUGACGAGCCCGCGGUGGAUAAGCCUGUGAGGGAGGCGUCGGAUGCCUGAUGUGGACGAAGCUGACGAGGCCAGACAUCGCCCUGCCUCUGAACAAGCUCCAGAAGAUCGCCCACUCACCCACCGGGAGGAU